AAUUCCCUCCCCACAGCAUACACCACAACAGAAUCCAGUCCUGAAUGGUUGAACAAAGGUGACAACUCAUGGCAACUCACAGCAGCCACCGUCGUCGGCCUUCAAACCAUCCCCGGAAUCCUCAUCCUCUACGGCAGCAUCGUCAAAAAGAAAUGGGCCAUUAACUCCUCCUUCAUGGUCCUCUACACCUUCGCCUGUGUCCUUCUCUGCUGGGUUUGCUGGGCAUUUCAAAUGUCAUUCGGACAACAAAUGUUCUUUUUUGUAGGACGUCCUCACUUUGCAUUGGACCAGAAGUAUCUUUUGGGACAAGGGUUUGCAGGGUUGUAUCCGAGAGCCACGUUGGUGUUUUUCCAGUUUGUGUUUGCGGCGAUAACGGUGGUGCUGGUGGCCGGAGCCGUGUUGGGGAGGAUGAGUUUUAAGGCGUGGAUGUUGUUUGUUCCCAUGUGGUUGACGGUGUCUUACACGGUUGGGGCGUUUAGUGUUUGGUCACCGAAAGGGUUCUUGUUUGAGGCUGGUGUUAUGGAUUUUGCUGGUGGUUUUGUUAUUCAUUUGUCUUCUGGUGUUGCUGGUUUCACUGCUGCUUACUGGGUAGGACCAAGGGAAAGCAAAGACAGAGAGAGGUUCCCACCAAACAACAUUCUGUUGAUGCUUGCAGGCGCAGGCCUGCUUUGGAUGGGUUGGACAGGGUUCAAUGGAGGAGCUCCAUAUGCAGCAAACAUUGAUGCUUCUUUGGCCAUCCUCAAUACUCACAUUUGCACUGCCACCAGCCUUCUUGUUUGGCUCUUUCUUGAUGUUUUCUUCUUCGAAAAACCGUCAGUCAUCGGCGCCGUUCAGGGGAUGAUCACUGGCCUUGUCUGCAUCACUCCCGCUGCCGGGUUGGUGCAAGGCUGGGCUGCUAUUAUAAUGGGCAUCCUUUCAGGCAGCAUUCCUUGGUACACCAUGAUGGUCCUUCACAGGAAGAUAAAAUUCCUCAUCUAUGUUGAUGAUACCAUGGCUGUCUUCCACACCCACGCCGUCGCCGGAAGCCUUGGAGGCAUCCUCACUGGAUUCUUUGCUGAGCCUCGACUCAACCGUCUCUUUUUCGGUGAUGAUCCUAGGUACAUUGGCCUAGCCUACGCCCUCAAAGACAACCGCAGUAUGGCUGGCUUUCGCCAAAUUGGCAUUCAACUUGCUGGCAUUGCAUUCAUUGUCAUCCUCAAUGUCGUUGUUACUUCGGCUAUUUGCCUAAUUAUUAGAGUCAUUGUGCCGCUCCGGUUGACCGAUGAGGAAAUGGAGAUUGGAGAUGAUGCUGUGCAUGGGGAGGAGGCUUAUGCUUUGUGGGAAGAUGGAGAGAAGUUUGAAAUUGCACAGAGGAAUAAGAUGUUUGAUGUUCAGGAUAUUGAGUCCAGGUCUGUGCAGAUGACUGAGAGAUUCUGAAA